AUGGCCUUAGACAACCAGCCAUUUACUUUAGUUGAAGAUAUAGGUUUUAAUAACUUAAUGAACCAUUUAGAACCCAGAUAUUGCAUGUCAAGUAGAAAAUUUUAUUCUAAAACAAUAAUACCUCAACUUUACAUGGAGUUAAAUAAUAAAAUUUCUUAUAAAUUAAUAAAAACAGAUUACAUAGGCUUUUCUUCAGAUAUAUGGACAUGCUCAAUUUCUCAUAAAUCAUUUGUUUCAUUGUCUAGCCACUCCAUCGAUAAAGAUUUUAACAGAUUUGAUGUGGUAUUACAUGCUUCUCAUUUUCCUGAGAGCCAUACUGGAAUAAACAUAUCCAAAAAGUUAGAAAGUAUGUGGGAUAGCUGGAAAAUUCAAGCUGAAAGACGACAUAUUCUUGUAAGAGAUGGUGCAAGCAACAUGAUAAGUGGGAGUAAUUUAGCUGAAAUUCCCGCAAUCCAUUGUACUAUUCAUUUACUUCAAUUAGUUGUUUCAGAUACAACAAGUGAAAAUAUUGUAAUUGAUGUUCUUUCAAAAUGUCGUCGACUUGUAACUCAUUUUAACCAUUCAUCUCUAGCAUGUAACAACUUUAAACAAAUUCAGCUGCAACAAAAUCUCGACCCUCUUUGUCUUGUUCAAGAUGUCCCAACAAGAUGGAACAGCACUUAUCUUAUGCUUGAUAGAUUAAACAAGUUAAAAAUUCCAGUUCAACUAUACUUAGCAGAAAGUUCUGAUUUAAUGCCCUUUUCUACAUUAGAAUGGACAUUAAUAUUAAACAUUAUUAAACUGUUAAAGCCUUUUUUCCAAUUAACUCAGGAAAUGAGUUCAGAAAUAACAACUUUGUCUUCUGUAAUUCCAAAUAUGUGCUCAUUGAAGAAAUUUAUGUCAAAAUGUCAAGUUGAUUGA